AGUCCCAUGAGCCAUGAGGUUCUGGGUCGCCUCGCUGAAGUCGAACGUCACCUACAGCUGAUUCGAGCAUCGGUUCCUUACUCGGUCUUGCAAAGAAGCCAGAGAGGGCCAUCAACGCGGAUAUCUGUCGAUGAUCAGCCAAAACUGGCCUCGGUUGAACUUUUGAGCGCCCUGGAGACAGAUGGUCAAACAUUUGCGGGAGAACUAUCGAUGACCCCUGCCAUGGGCGAGGAGGAUGAGACAUCGGACUAUACGAACAAUGCAUCUUCCGGAAUGCUUCCAGAGUAUCCCUCUCCGGGAUCCUCACUCCACCAUCCGACAACCCGACGAGUGAGUGGUUGGCUGGAGAGUAUCCUCACACAGCACGGCGUCGUCGCCGACGAGCAGCAAUGGCGAUACGACCUACAGUACUUCAUGGACGAGGUUCAUCCCUUCUACGCGUGUCUCCAUUCGCCCAAAGUAUGGGAAACCUUCAACGACAUGUGGGAGUACUCUACUCCUUGGUCCUUGACCGACGCUGCAGGGCGUGAGCGCAAGCGCCUUUCUCUGGCACUGGUCUUCUUUUGCCUAGCUCUCGGACGAUGCAGUGUCUCCUUGACCACGACUGAUGCCAGUGCCGUCUACUCGUCCGGUUGGAGCUUAUACAGUGUUGGCAUGACCCUGCUUCAGGGAGGAAUGGAGACGAGUAGUGCGGCUACGAAGUCCUUGCCCAUGUUGCAAGCAUUGGCCGUGUACCUGUUCCGUCUGGAUGCGAAUCAACAAGCUGCACGAGUCCUGGCGCUUAUUGUAUCCAUGGCGCAUGCUAUUGGGAUACACCGUCAGAGCACCAUGGACGGCAUGCCGGCCUUCCACAACCAGUUGUUCUGUCGCACGUGGUGGGCUAUCUACAUGCUGGAUCGUCGGGUAGCGAUUGAGUCUGGGAAGCCAUACCUUAUCCAGGAUUGCAACGUGGACACUGCACUGCCGAUCGACCUCGGUGACGAAUGGAUGACUAGAUUUUCCACGAAGAGUGAAACAAUCGCCGACUUGCAGCACGAUAUCGCGCGCGAGCUUGCUAGAGACCGGCCGCCCUCUCCUAUACCUUACACCGUCACUAUGGUCCGGUACUCCCGUCUGGCAGGCAAGGCAUGGGAUGUACUAUAUGGCGUCAGGUCUCCGAAUACAUCCAUGUCUGCCAUAGUUGAACACUUGGAUGCAGCGCUCUCUAAGCUGUUGGAUACCGCUCCCAGAGACCUGAGGUACCCCCCAGAAGCACCAAGCGAAGGCCACUUGCGGAUGAGCCUGCGAUGGCAGGUUAAACAAAGCUUGAUUCUGUUCACUGUGAGUGCCAUCCAGGUGUUCCGAGGUCAACAUAUUGGUAUGCUAAGAGUGAUUGCAGUGCUGCACAUAUCUCCGGCUUCUGAUUAG